UGGCAGGGGCUUCUUUAGCCCCCGCAUCGCCGUCCACAUUUCAACAAGAUGGAUUAGUGAUCGUGAAGAAGAUCUUCUUGCUGAACAUGGCUUGCUCUUUUCCAAUGCUGGUGUGACUGAGUCAUCGGGAUCCUCAGGAAUCAUCGCCUCGAGAGAGCAGGGAAAUGUUCAGCAAGAAGAUCUUCUCCUAGAUUACUCUUCACAUGGGGGAGGUUUGGAAGGUCUUGGAUCAUGGGAACAUGGUGGAGGUUAUAUGACCGAUAAUACCUCUGUCGUCGCGAGUUAUCCUUUCCCGAACAGUUCGAAUGGCUGUCUGAUCGACUUCUGGGCGCCAACUUUGGCCGCGAGGGAGGCCGAGCUCGUCCUUCCCUUUGUGCAUCCGCAUUCACUCCCGGAUCCCAGCUGGGCUGAGACCUACUAUGACACUGCGCUGCUUGAAAUGCCCAUGCUUGGCCCUCGAGAUUCAGCAGUCGCUCUCCACCAGAUUCCCAUCUCAACGUCCAAUGAUGUCACAAUCCCAGGACUUUGCCCGGGCGUCCCGGCUCUCUCAGCUACAGUCGGGCUUGAAGUUCAUCAGACAACCUCCAAUCUGGGUGAAUUUGAUGCCGCUUCCGAUGGACAACACACACCGCUCUUCGUGGAAUCGAGUUCUGCAACGGCUUCCAAUGCGGCUGUGUCACAAUGCGGGAGCAGCCCUUCAACCGCCGGCAUCGACGAGCCUUCAUUUGCGCGCGAGGCAUGCUCUUCCGUUCACCGAGCCCCCGCGCGGGUCCCGAGUUUUCAAUGCGGUCACCUUGGCUGCGGGAAGCGAUUCAGCAAUUCGGCAGACUGGAAGCGACACUGCAGCUCACUCCAGCACGGGGGCAUGAGAAAGUUCCGAUGUUCGCUGUGCUCCAAGCGGUUCACUCGCAAGGAUAACUUACGACGACACCACAAAAAACAUCAUGGAGGCAACGGAGGUUCCGCUUGAAUCACCGUUGGGCUGCAUCUUGCAGUUUCCCAUUGCCCCCCCUCUUGACACUCCCCGCUUCGGGCGAGAAAAUGGUGUACAGAACUGACCCAAAAGCAUCUGGUCCCGAGUGUUGCGAGAUUGGGGAUGAGCGCUAUUGACCAUUGAUCAAUGCAGUGAAGCCCUGGGUACGACACCGCAAUAUUGAUCAAUCGGUCCUUGCCAAGAUUGAUCAAUGCAGUAAAGCCCUGGGUACGACACCGCAAUAUUA